UCAGGUAUUAAACAAAAUCCCAAAUGUGCUUCUCUUCAUGUCUAACUCAUUUUCCAGUUUUGCUAUGCAAUUUCAGUGUGCAAUUUUGUGCAUUGCAUUUAUGCUAAUUUUAAUGCCUGACACUGUCCUAGAAUUAUUGUUUUGAUAUUUUUCUACUUACAUUAUCAACUGUGGAAAUAUUUUCCCUAUGAAUCAGCUCUAAGAAGUUACAAAAACAGGCCCACAUUUACAAAAACCUGCACCUGAGGUGUUCUAUCGAGAUGAAUAAAGUAUUUUCAUUUACACUUACAAUUUACCCCAAAAGACACCUCUCAUUUUAUAAUACUCUGCAACUGUAAUCUGGAUAGUGCCCAUGGACUCCUCCCCCUGGGGGGUGGUCACUGUAUAAAAGAAGCAUAAGCCCUGGAAACAGCAUUUGCCUGAGAACUUAGUGGUACCAAAACAUGAAGGGGUUGGGCUUGGUUGUCCUUGUACUUCUCCUAAUGGUCUCAGCAGGUGAUGCUGAUGACGCAGAGAUGCAGUAUUGGACGUGUGGUUACAGAGGACUCUGCAGACGGUUCUGUUAUGCCCAAGAAUAUAUUGUUGGACACCAUGGCUGUCCUCGCAGAUACAGGUGCUGUGCUGUGCGGUUUUAGCGUUGACUGACAGUCUAGUGGUCCCAGCAGCAGGACGUCACAGGCUGAGGACUGGUCUGCUUCUUUGACAUGGACUGAAAUGAAAGUGGCACACUUGACUAGAAAAGGAUGAUUAUGGUUUAGUCUAUGGAACUAAUCUUGAUACUCCUUUGAUGAAGCGAACUAUGAUCGAAUGGAACGCCACUUAGAAAAUCACAAUGGCAAACUUUUGCUAAAUUGAAGAACAAUUUACAAAGUUAGUUGAUUUGACGUAGUAGCUUUCAUUAUGGUUCAUGGAACAUAUCUAAAAGUUUUUGAAUACCUCUCAAAUAUAAUACCUUUUGUAGUCCACAUUGAAUUUAUUUCCACAGCUAUUACAAAAGCACUGUCAAACAGUUAAUAUGUGCUUUGGAAAUGAGUGGUUGACAAU